AUGGGAAACAUUCUGUUCCUGAUUGGGUUGACGCUGAUCAUUGGUCUCCGAAAAACAUUCGCAUUCUUCUCUCGACGUCAAAAGCUCAAAGGCACUGCUGCUUUCGCCUCGGGCAUCCUCCUUAUCCUUAUACGAUGGCCCCUUACUGGAUUUUUGAUUGAGUUGUAUGGUCUAUUUAUUCUCUUCGGCGACUUCCUUAUCACGAUCGGACAAUUCGUCGGCAAUGUCCCUAUUGUCGGCCCGUAUAUCAAGCGAGCUCUCGAGAUAUUGGCUGGUGGUCGCAGCAACGCUGAGUUGCCGGUAUAA